GAGCUUGGAUUUGAUGAGAUUGGGCCAGUCUGGGAGUUGUUGGGCUCUGCUUGAGAUUCAAUCCAAUCUGUCCAUAUUGAUCCACAAAAUAAAAACCGUUACGAAAGGCAUAUUAAAAAAAAAAACAGAAGAAAACUAGUCAAAAAAUAAAAUAAAAUAAUAAAGUACGGGAAAUAUUGAGGUAAAGUAAGGGAAAGUGGUCAGAAAUGGAGGUGUCCGAGGUACCACAGGGUGGUAGUUCUGUCCAGAAGAGCCAAAUGGCCAUCAGUGAGAGUUCCCAGGAGAGUUCCCUCCAGAAGACCUCAACGGGCCAGGUUUCCAGCUCAGUGGCGACAUCUAAGAAUGUGGCUGAAAGUGUUGAAAAAUCCUCAAGUGUCACCUCAUCCAGCAUUCAGGUCCAGAAGUCCUCAGUGACCUCGGCGCCAAAUGUCAAUGGCGAUGACAGCAACGAUGAGGAAGUGGAGGAGGAAGAAAUAAUUGAGGAGGAGGCUGAAGAAGAGGCCGAUGAUGCCUCAUCCUCCUCCACUGAAGUCAUAAUUGUCAGGAAAAUCGUUAGAAAGAAAAAACGACCUACCGAAACAAUAAAAACCCCUGAAAAACUUCCGGAAAAGGUUCCGGAAAAAAUUCCGGAAGAAGAAAUUCCGAAAAUUCCGGAAAAACUCGAAGAUACCAAAAAAGUCCCUGAGGAGGAAUCAAAAGAAUCCCCCCCAGAGGUAAUUGAUACUGAGAAAAAAGAUGGCGCUGAUGUGGAAAAAGAUGAAGAUUCAGUGGAACAAGAUGGAUCAGCUGAAGAGUCAGGAGAAGAGGAGGAAUCCCCCGAUGAUGAUGAUGAUGAUGGAAAAUCAGAGACAGAGAGAGUUGAGGCUAAAGAGACAGCAGAAGUUGAAGAUGAGCCAGAAAAAACCAAUUUACCAGCAGAAAUUGAGGUUAAGGAUCAAUUGCAGGUGACUGAUGUACCAUCUACAAAUGGUGAAAUCAAACAGGAUAGUAUUAAGGCAACUAUCCAUGAAAUUAUCAAUGAUAUUGAUCGACAAAUAACUGAAGAAACUGUUCCGGAACCACCUACCACCAUCACCACCACCACAGAGAAGAUUGAGGUACCGGAACUACCAAAACAGGAACCACCAAAACAACCAGAACAACCUGCACCAGUACCAUCUGUUCCUGUACAGCCACAACAGAGAAUCCCAGAAUCACCACCAAAGAUACCUCCCACAGUCACAUCAAUGGCUAAUGAUGAUGCUCGCGAUGACAAAGAAAACGGCCCCAGAGUCGUUGAUCUGCAGAAAAUCUUCACACCGGCAUCGGAUGCCGAAGAAAUUCAACCAUCGCGACAACGUAAACUGUAUGCUUCGUCAUCAUUUUACUCACCGGUACUCCAUCCCACCGUGGAGGACCAAGUGGAGUUGGCCAGGAGGAUAUCGCACUCGCUGAGCGACAUCAGCAACCAACACUCCAAGGGGCAGUCCAUGUACGUCAAUCGGAAGAAGCGCUCUGUGAAGUGGGUACACGAGGGUGAAGGCAAAGGUCUCGUUAAGAUGUACAGCAGCAGCGUAAGUCACGAGGAGACAACACGUCACGAAUCGUAUACUCAUCAGGAUAAGCUACCCCUUAAAUUGGUUAUGAAUCCACGUGGUCAGGUGCAGGAUCUCGAGACACUACGAAAACAGGGAAUCCUCAUAGAUCCAACACCUCAAUCACCUGAUCGUUGUGCUGAAGUUGUCAAUGCCCUACAGGCCACUGGAGGCAAAGGUGCAGAAUUAUUUGCUAAACGUCGCAAGAAGUCAGAAAAAUGGGUGGUUGAUGAGACAUCGAGAGCAUCACAGCCUACAACACCCAUGACAAAUAUGGCACCUGUAACGCCAGCCUUUACCGAUUUGGGCGUUCAGAGAGCCCAGCAGACCAUUAAGCUCAAUCAAAUUCAAGAAAAAUAUGCACAACCCCGUGUGAAAAUUGUCAAGAGCCCAUGGCAGACAGCUUUGGAAUCUGGUGGUAAUGUCGAAGGGGCCUUCCAUGAGCCAACUGUACCACCAAGAUCCCUUCCAACAUCACCCAAAAUCCUACCCCAGCAACGUUCUCCACCGUCUCCAGCACAGAUCACCAGGGACCUAGCCUAUCGUCCAUCUGUGCCACAGGGAUGGAAUGCACCUAGACCCCAUUUGCCCCUAGACAAAUUAGAUCAAGCUGAGCCAGAAGAAGAAGAAGAAGAAGUCCAAGUGAUCCAGGAUAUCACUGAAAAUCUUCAAGAUGAUCCUGAUGACAGGACUCUAAGCGAUCCCAAUGAAAUUGACUACAGGAAGGUACCAGUUAAGGCACUCAUAGAUACAUUUGAGAAGAAAAAAGGUAUCUACACACCGCCCGAAUUACCACUCAAUAGCUAUGCUCCGCCACCUCGAGUUGACCUACCACCACCGCAGGAGCCCCCCGCCCCAAUUAGACGACCACAGCCACCCCCAGUGGUGCCAUCGGCCAUCCAGAGGGCUCCACAGUCACCAAUUUAUGCUCCACAGCGCCCAAAGGCAACUCCAGUGAUCCAGAUGGCACCCCAACCGAUGCCACAGCCUACGCCACAGCCAAUUCAUGGGGCACCAGUUGGCAAAUGGCGCAACUACAACACUGCAGCACGUGGCUGGCGCGGUGCUGAUAUCUAUCGACCCGUCACCUUUGAUCAAAUCACCCCUCAGCUACCCUUCACUGACUUCUAAGAGCAACAUACCCCCCUCAAAAACCGACCUCAACCGCCCCCACAAAGCUUCUUUGGCCCCCUUUUUGCUUCAAAUGCUUCAAAUAUUGCUCAAACGCUGUGUAUUUUGAGAGUAAAUGAGUUGACAGAUAGA